AUGGACCAAGACGCUCUUACACAGAACCCAAAGCAGGUCCAGCCUGUACCUGAGGUGCCAGCUCUACCAGAGAAGAGUGCUCUCAGGGCAUCUCGACUGCUGGAUAACCUGGUUGGUCUCAAGUUCGGCGGGUCCAUUGAGACUACGAGCCUGACACAGACGACCCCUCAUGAUGCAUAUCUGUCCUCCGAAGAGGAUGCCUCCUCAUCGGCAGACGACUUUUCAGACUUCGACUAUGACUCGAGCAGCGAAGACUGUAGAUCACCGGUUUCAAGCAGGCGGAGCCACGAAGACACAGCUCGAGUGGUUUCUGUGGUGUUCUCUGGCAAGCCGUCCAUCAUCGACCUCUCCACCAUUCGACGGUCAACUUCUCCCAAUUCGAUUGAGGCGAGGAGACAGAGCAUCAUUGGUACAUCUCAGAGCGCCCCUACAAUGAUACGGAGGACUUCAACGUCGUCAACUUUUACCGACUCGCCAACGAAGCAACAGACUACAAGGACCAGUAGCAUGCUCUCCAGCUUCAUAACGAAGCAGAAGCCUCUCUUCCUCCAAAUUGACCCGUACGCAAACGGAAGCACAUACUCCCUCGAUGUUCACAAGGAGGAGCAGGAGGAGCACGACCGACCUAAGACGCCGAAGACGCCCACAGCGAUGUUCAAGAGCAUGCAAAGGACCUUCACGCUCGCGAAAAAGCGCAGUAGGCCAAUGUUGAACAACAGCUUCCAUGCCACCGCAUCGAAGGACGACAUGGCGACGCCGAUCUCACCCUCUAAGCUUGACCUUGCGGAACCUACACAAGAGGCCGAACUCGAGGAGACCGAGAAGCGCGCCUCGAUACAGAUACCUCAGCCACCAGUCACUUACAACGACAUCAUGCGGGCUGCCAAGAAGAAUGCGCAUGCAGCACCGCAGACGCCGACUACGCAGCCACAAUCUCCCGAAUCGCCUGCCUCGAUCAAGCGAGGUAUCUUGAACGGCUUCACAGCGAGGAGAAAGAGUAUCAAACUCAACAGUAAACUGCUAUAG